GAACACGAGCCUUGUGCCGUCCAGUCGUCGAUCCAAUCCAUCCAUCACAAAGCAGCAGCAGCACACACACAAUCCAUCUUGACUUUUUCUCGUCUCCGCCGCCGAUCCAGACAAGAAAGAAAAAUCCAUCCACCCACGAUCGCGAGCUCACCGCCGGCCAUGGCGACGACGCGGACGCUGGAGCUGACGCUGAUCUCCGCCAAGGACCUCAAGGACGUGAACCUGAUGUCCAAGAUGGAGGUCUACGCCGUGGUGUCGCUCUCCGGCGACCCCCGGUCACGGCAGCGGGUCCAGGCCGACCGCAUCGGCGGCCGCAACCCGACCUGGAACGCCACGGUCCGCUUCGCCGUCCCGGCCACCGGCGCGGGUUCCCUCCACGUCCUCCUCCGCGCCGAGCGCGCCCUCGGCGACCGCGACGUCGGCGAGGUCCACAUCCCGCUCUCCGAGCUCCUCUCCGGCGCCUCCGACGGCCCCGUCCCCGCCAAGUUCGUCGCCUACCAGGUCCGCAAGAUCUCCUCUGGCAAGCCCCAGGGAGUCCUCAACCUGUCGUACAAGCUCGGCGAGGUCACUCGGUCCGCGGCCGCCGCCAACGGCUACGCCCCCGCCCAGUCCGCAUACACCCAGGCCGCCGCGUACCCGCCUCCCUCUGCGUACCCGCCGCCGUCCGGUAAGGCUGACGCGUACGCGCCUCCCGCCGCCGCCUACCCGCCUCCUUCAGGAAAGGCCGACGCGUACCCACCUCCUGCCGCAUACCCGCCGGCAGCCAAGGCCGACGCGUACCCACCUCCCGGCGGCGCGUACCCGCCCACCGGCGGCAAGGCCGACGCGCCAGCGACCGCUUACCCGGCCUCAUCCGGCUACCCGACCGCGGCAGGCGAGCCGGCGAAGGCGGGCGAGCCGGUGACGGCCUACCCUGCCGCCGGUCCCAGCACGGCGGCGCCCUACGCCGCUCCUCCGCCGCAGUACGGCGGGUACGGGUACCCGCCGCAGCAGGCCGCUGGAUACGGCUACCCGCCCCCGCCGCCGCAGGCUGGGUACGGGUACGGCUACCCGCCGCAGCAGGCCGCCGGGUACGGGUACCAGCAGCAGGCCGUGAAGCCGCAGAAGAAGAAGAACAACUUCGGCAUGGGGCUCGGGGCCGGGCUGCUCGGUGGCGCCGUCGGGGGGCUGCUGAUCGGCGACAUGAUGUCGGACGCGUCGGCGUACGAUGCCGGCUACGACGCCGGGUUCGACGACGGCGGUGGCUUCGAUGGCGGCUUUGAUUUCUAGAGCACUCUGAUGAUGACACCGAGCAUCUCAAGGGCAGAGGUCUUUCGUUUUGGAUUUGCGUUUGUGAUUUGUUUGUUUCGUUUUGUACGCAAUCUAAUUGUCAGGAUCAAAUCAAAUUAUGCAUCUUAUAUAUCUGAUGAUAUAUAUAUGGUAUUGUAAAUACUCCUAUGAUGCUGAAAGCGUGACAUUAUGAAUUGCACGCAGUUUUCUUUUAUUCA